AUGCUCCCUCGUCGACCCCUCCUCGCCGCCGCCGCCGGUGUCGGCGUGACGGCCGCGACGACGACCGUCGACCUCUUCAUCCCCCUGCUUUCGCGCACGCAUCAGCUGGUCGGGUCUGUGGUCAACGUCGACUCGGACGCGACAACGUACGCCAUCACCUGCGGUCCUGAGGUGCGCAAGAAUGUAUGCUUCAUCGGCGGCACCGACUCCUUGACCAUGGUGCGAGGGCCGUCGACCGUUUCCCUGAGCUUCGUCGACACGCAAAGGAUAGGAAAGGCAAGCGCCAUCUUGACGGAGGAAAUGAUCUGUUCGUCCGACUCUCCAAGCCAUGGCGCGGCGUGCGAUGUCAUGCGCACCGAGACCAACGCCAUGGGGAUCCAGCUCGGCACGUUUCAUACGAGCAUCCCCGACUACGAGGCCCUCGUGUACCCCGUCACCAUGACCGCUGGCGCCGAAAAGCUCACUUCCUCCCCGCCGACGGUCAAGACCGGAGCCAGCCUGGGGCCGAACCCGACAAUGACCGUCACCAACACGGCUGCGGGCAAUCCCUCGUCCACGUCGUCGACGACGAGCACGAGCAGCAUCGGAAAUCCAGCGGCGACGCAGAAUACGCUCCUCGCUGCUGCUGCCGCCCUUAUCGCCGGAGCGGCCCUUUUGCUAUGA